AUGACGAGGAAGGUAACCCUCAGGGAUGGAGAGAGCGGGACAAACCCCUCCCGGGAGUCGUCGGUCAGGGCGGAGAAGCGGAGGCUGCCCUUUGCCCGCCGCGGUGGCCGGCGGCACAUGUGGCAGUGGACUUUGGCAGCAGCACCCAGGGAGCGGAAGAAGGGCCCCGGGGGGCUCCGAGCAGGGCCCCCGCCUCACCCCGACUCCUGGGAUGUGGGCCAUGUCCCCGGCCACCCCUGGGACCACGGCCACCACCCCUGGAGGGAUGCCCACAGACCGGCUUCAUGGGCUGAGCAGUGCAAAAGCGGCUUCCCCAACAGGCCGUACUCCAGGCAAGGAUAUGAAGACCCCCACUGGCAGAAUCCAGCAGCCAGCUAUGGGGAUGACUACACCUACCAAAGCCAGCAGUGGCAGCCGGUGGCCUGGCAGGGUGACAGAGAUACGGACCAGAGACGGGGAGAGCCUUAUGGCAAGAGCACCAGUUACUGGGACCAGCACUACUACAGGGGUUACCACCCCAACCUGGCCACAACCCACCCGGGGCAGGACAGGACACAGACAUACAACUCUUAUGAGGAGAGAUAUGUCUUGUCUGCCCGGCCUGAGCGGGCAGGGGGAGAAACCCUUGGCAGCGAUUCAGGGGAGGCCGGUGGCCAGCCCCGAGAGCCCUUGGGCCAGCCCAGCCUGCUCAUGCAGUACCGCGAAUCGGGGCUCAGCUCCAGCAGCUAUGAGCUCAGCCAGUACAUCCGUGAUGGUGCCGACCACUAUGACCCUGUGCUUCCAGGGAGCUGGAGCCCGACACAAGGAGGGGUGCCCUUGGUGUCUACCUCAUCCCUGGUGGUACCCCUCAAGUUCUCGCUCCCACACGUGGCGGUGUGCUUUGGAGCUGGAGGGCAGCUGGUUCUGGUGUGUCCCCACCGCCCUGCCGAGGGCCAGCUAGCCCAUGUCGAGCUGCACAGCCUGGAGGUAAUCCUUCAUGACACUGAAGAGUUGGAGGAGCUACAGGGCUUCCCGGGGCCCUUGGCCAGGGAAGAUCUGCACAAGGUGGAUGUGAUGACGUUUUGCCGGAAGAAGAUAGCCAUGAGCUGUGAUCUCUCAACACAGAGAGGCAGAGAUUCAGCUCUUCUCUGGAAACUGCUGGUCCUCCUCUGCAGGCAGAAUGGGUCCAUGGUGGGCUCGGACACGGCUGAGCUGCUGAUACAAGACUGCAGGUGCCGGGAGAAGUACAAGAGACAAAACCCUGCGGCCAAAGUGAUCGGUCUGGCGGAUGAUGAGUGGAUGUCGCGUCAGCCAGGGACACUGGACCUCAUCACAGGGGAGGUCCCUCCCGUUGUGGAGACGCAGGCACAGAUAGUGGAGAAGUUCACCAAGCUCCUCUACUAUGGCAGGAAGAAAGAUGCUCUGGUCUGGGCCAUGAGAAACCAGCUGUGGGGCCAUGCUUUGUUCCUCUCCAGCAAGAUGGACCCUCGGACCUACAGCUGGGUGCUCACUGGGUUCACCAGCACGCUGGUCACCAAUGACCCCCUGCAGACCCUCUUUCAGCUGAUGUCGGGAAGGAUCCCUCAGGCAGCGCUGUGCUGCGGGGAUGCCACAUGGGGAGACUGGAGGCCUCACCUGGCCGUGAUGUUGUCCAACAAGGUUGGAGACAUGGAACUGAACCACCGGGCCAUCAUCACCAUGGGAGACACUUUGGCUGGCAGGGGAGCUGUCGAAGCAGCUCAUUUCUGCUACCUGAUGGCAGAUAUUCCUUUUGGUUACUUCGGGGCGAAGGCAGACCGCGUAGCUCUGCUUGGCAGCAGCCACCGUCAGGCGUUCACCCAGUUUGCCAGGACGGAGGUCAUCCAGCGGAUGGAAAUCUUCGAGUACUGCCAGCAGCUACGACAGCCUGGAGCCUUCCUGCUCCCCUUCCAGGCAUACAAGCUCCUCUAUGCCUCUCGCCUGGCCGACCACGGGCUCCCAGCCCAGGCCCUGCAAUACUGUGAGCAGAUCGCCACCGCGCUCCUGGGCCAGGAUCCGGCCAUCCACCCUGUCCUGGUCCAGCAAGUGACGAAGCUAGCUGAGCGGCUGAAGUUCUCCGACCCUCUGCUCGUGGAAAUGCGGGAACGGGACCAGACGCUGGAGCCCGACUGGCUGGUACAGCUCUGAGGCUGCUGCUGGGAGUGGGAGGUGGAAGAUGACCUCCCUCCGGAGGUGGCACCCACUCAGCCAGGGCUCUCCUGGGCUGCCGCAUCGCUGGCAGGAGAAGCUGGGGAGCCCUGGGGCACCCCGCUGUCCCCCGGAGGGGUGCAGCCAUCGCUCCCAGCAGAGCAGGAGGAGUUAAAGGCAAGGUCUCGGACCAUCUCGGAGAGCUCCGCCGUCUCCGUGGAAGACGACAGCCAGCAUUCCUCGGAAAGCGCGACUGAGGAUGCUGCCAAAGAGGCAGCAAAAGCGGAGGCUGUGAAACCAGGUGAGGACAAGAGCUCUGGAUUCAGGUGGUUUGGCUGGUUUCGGUCGAAGGCCACCAAGGAAACAUCUCCCAAAGCUGCUUCUGAGACGGCCCUGGACUCCCCCACGCCGGGACCGCAGGAACGGACGUCGCCAUCCCCACCCGAUGACCCUCUCACGGCUGGCACGAGCCCUUUUGCCCAGCUUCCAUGCAGAAACCCCGGAGAAAUGCAAGGUGAAAAUGCCUUUGCUGUUACUCCGGUGUCCGUGGAGAUGAACGGCUCGUGGGAUGUGGGUGGUGGGGAGUCAGCAGGAGAGCAGGUGAGGAGAGGCGGGAGGGUGCGUUACACCCCUCUCCUCUCCCCUUUCCAGCUCGCUGCCGCCCCUCGACCCAACCAACCCAAGCCACUUUCCCAGCGCCGCUACCCCAACCUGCUGUGA